AUGAGCGCACUCGAGCACCUCCCCAAAAUCUGAUUACAAGCUCUGGAUGUUUACACAUGACGUGCGCGCAUAAAGGCGGCAGAUGAGGAGAGCCGCUUCAGUAUACAGGUAGAGCAAAGGGAUGGAUCACAGACCGGCGGAUUUCGCACUUUGUGGACGCGCAAAGGCAACUUUUUAGUGCACAGCAUCUUGGAAUACUUUACGUGCGAAUCUAAUAAAUAAGUCUCAAAAGUGUUUGAAUAUCGCGCACAAUCAUGUUUUUGUUGCUAAGGUCAGUUCUUUUUGUUAAUGUGUUUUACGCUCAAUGGGAAGCUGUUAGUUCAAUGCAGAGUCAGUUUUGCGUACCCGUCAGACUGGAUCAUCAGAGAUUUGUCAAGAACAGUUUAUUCAGUGAAGAGAACACGUUGCCACAAAGAGUUGAAAUCAAAAUAAGCGCAUUCGAACAAGAUUUUGUACUCGAAUUGCAGUCGGACUCCAGCUUCAUUGCCCCAAGCUUCUCGUCCCACACAGACGCAACUUCACCGAAUUCAGCUGAGAGCGCAGAUCUGAGCCGGUGUUUUUACGCCGGUGAGGUGAAUUCAGAUCCACUGUCUUAUGCAGCGCUGAGUUUAUGCAAAGGCUUGCAGGGUGCAUUUGGCUAUGAUGGCUGGGAAUAUUUCAUUAAGCCGGUUUCCAACGACACCACCGAUUGGGACAACGUGGAAGCGCAUCUUAUCAGACGCAGGUCUAACGCCAAUCUAAGUGGAAACUCUACGUCAAGGUGCGGCGUGGACAGUGGUGUGACUCACACCAUUGCACAGUCCUUGGCAAAGUUGAAACACAAGGAUCAGCACGUUAAGAAUAUGAGCAUGUCAGUGCUGAAAAAUCGCUCAAAGAGAUUUGUCUCCAUUCCGCGUUACGUUGAGACGUUAGUGGUAGCCGAUGAGUCUAUGGCGAAAUUCCACGGUGACGACCUGAAGCAUUACGUGCUGACCUUAAUGUCGGUGGCAGCUAAGCUUUACAAACACCCCACCAUUCUCAACUCCAUCAACGUAGUGGUUGUCAAGUUUAUGGUGAUUAACGAGGAGGAAAAAGGACCCAAGGUUUCCGAGAACGCAGCGAUGACCCUGCGUAAUUUCUGCACCUGGCAAAAGAAGCUCAACAAGAACAACGACAAGCAUCCGGAGUACUGGGAUACGGCUAUCCUAUUCACAAAACAGGACCUGUGUGGAGCCUCAACGUGCGACACACUGGGUAUGGCAGAUGUAGGCACAAUGUGCGACCCCAAGAGAAGCUGCUCUGUGAUCGAAGACGAUGGGUUGCCGUCUGCCUUCACUACGGCCCAUGAGCUUGGACAUGUCUUCAAUAUGCCGCAUGACAAUGUUAAGGCAUGCGAGGAGGUAUUUGGCAAGCUGCAGGACAAUCACAUGAUGUCUCCCACUCUGAUCCGGAUUAAUCGCACCAGUCCUUGGUCCCCAUGCAGUGCUGCCAUUAUCACAGAUUAUUUGGACAGUGGACACGGUGACUGUCUGUUGGAUCAGCCUCAGAAACCUUUAGCUCUGCCAGACGUGCUUCCUGGUGCAUCAUACGGUUUAGAGCGGCAAUGUGAGCUUGCGUUCGGAGUUGGUUCGAAGCCGUGCCCCUUCAUGCAGGCACCAUGUCAGCGCUUAUGGUGUACAGGAAAGACCCGUGGCCAGCAUGUGUGCCAGACGAGGCACUUUCCAUGGGCUGACGGAACCAGCUGUGGAGACGGACAGCUUUGUAUGCGGGGCACAUGUAUAGAGAAGCAAGAAAUACCCAAAACUAAGGUGGAUGGCAGAUGGGGUAAAUGGGGCCCAUUUGGAACCUGCUCCAGAACAUGUGGAGGUGGUGUACAGCUGUCAAAAAGACAGUGUGACAAUCCAUUGCCAGUUAACGGGGGAAAAUACUGCCAGGGAGUGAGAGUCAAAUACCGUUCCUGCAACCUCACGCCAUGCAUUGACACAGACAAGAGCUAUCGUGAGAAGCAAUGUGAAGCUUAUAACGGCUUCAGUCUGAACACUAACCGUCUCACUCCAUCUGUGGUGUGGGUGCCCAAAUAUUCCGGUGUGUCCUCCAAAGAUAUGUGCAAGCUGAUUUGCAGGGCAAAUGGAACAGGCUACUUCUACGUCCUCGCUCCAAAGGUUGUUGAUGGGACCCCAUGUUCUCCUGACUCCUCAUCAGUAUGUGUGCAAGGCAAAUGCAUCAAGGCAGGCUGUGAUGGGAAACUGGGCUCCGACAAGAAGUUUGACAAGUGUGGUGUAUGUGGAGGAGAUAACAAGAGCUGCAAGAAGGUGUCAGGACUUUUUACUAAGCCCAUACAUGGUUACAACUUUGUGGUCAUGCUUCCCAUUGGAGCUGCCAACGUUGACAUACGGCAGCGUGGCUAUAAAGGAAUUUUGAGUGACGACAACUACCUUGCUGUGAAGAACAGCCAGGGCAAGUACCUGCUAAAUGGAAACUAUGUGGUUUCUGCCAUGGAGAAGGAUAUUCUGGUGAAAGGCAGCUUGCUUCGCUACAGUGGAACAGUUGGUUCCUCUGAGACUCUGCAGACGGUGAAGCCUCUGGGUGAGUCCCUGGUGGUUGAGGUGUUGUCUGUGGGCAAGAUGACACCUCCACGUAUCCGGUAUUCGUUUUACCUACCACGGGAGAGCAAAGAAAACAAAGUGCAAAAGAAGGAAGAAAGGGCACAUGCUGAAAACAGCGUUCUUAGGGAAGAGGGAGGAGUUGAUAAAGUUGGAAAAAAGGCUGAUCUUCUCAAGGACAACAUCUCACCGCCUUACGCUAAAGAGAACCUACCAUCACCAGCGAAAUGGGUGGCAGGAGCGUGGGAUAUGUGCUCUGUUACGUGUGGCAACGGCCUCCAGAGGAGGUUGGUCCAAUGUCUCACAGCAGAUGGUGGACCUGGGCAUGAUUGUGACAGUGAACAACAGCCCAGUGUCAUCCGGGUAUGCGGAGACCCUUGUCCAAUGUGGGAAGUGGGCGAAUGGUCGCCCUGCUCCAAGACCUGCGGGAAGGGCUUUAAACGGCGCAUACUUCUUUGUGCUACAAAUACAGGACACCUGCUGCCCAGGGAGCAAUGUGCAGGCAAGAAGAAGCCACAGGAGCUGGACUUCUGUUCACUAACACCUUGUAAAUAAUCCUUCUCCCUUUACUAUUUCUGUUUUGUCAAAUUAAAUAUUCAUCAGAGGAAAGUUUGAAAAAGGACUAUAGGUUACGUUUUCUCAUCUGUAGCAAACGAUAGCAAACAAGUCAUGAGACCAACUGCCUUGAACACAAAUGCAAAUAGUAUUCUACCUCUAACUGUAAACCAAUGAAUUGAAAACUUGUAAAUUAUUUGGAUGAGACAAAAUUUAUAAAUAUGAAUGGCAUGAACUUUUCUACGGCCAAAGAACUAAAACGUGCAUACUGUGAUGGUGCCUUUUUUAGCAUAUUCUAAUGGGGCGUUCACACUGCGAUGAUAACUAUAACUAUAUUAGCAUUCACACUUAACAGACAAUAACGAUAACGUUAUGUUAAUUCUUAACUCAUCCGUUGCAGUGUUACAGUGACAAAAAUGGAUGUAGAUGACCUGCUGUUGCUCUACUGACUGCAGAAGCUAGAUGCGCUCUCUGAAGGCAGAAAGUGUGCUCGCCGCUGGCAUGCAAAGCAUGUAUGUUCCCAACUUGCUUAUAAUAUAUAAAAUCACAUCUUUCAGACUGUUACCGUCUUUAAUUUAGAAAUUUAACCACACUAAAAUCAUCAAUAGCCAAACAGUCGUAGGGCAGUCGUGGCCUGGUGGUUAGUAGGGUUGGAUAUCGUUUUAAUUUUAGUGA